UCAAUGUCAAACUUUAAAAUAGUGCAGUGGUUUUUAUUUCCAAGGCCUUAAUUUUCGAAAAGUAAUAUAAUGGGUGGGAAAAAGGAUAAAGAAGAAGCAGAGGAGGAGGAAGAAAAAUUGGAACUGUGGAGUGCAGAUGCGAAUGAUCAGUUGGUCAGGGAGCGUGGGAAAUGCCUGGCACACGACCACCACGUCGCAGUGGUCUUCAAAGAGCUAGAAGACUGUCAGAAACGGGUGAAAGGCAAAUCCUACACGGCGGAGACCUGUCACCAGGAGAUGAAGGAUCUGAUGGAGGCGGUGGACCAUUGUGUGGGCGAUAAGGCGUUUCUAUUGUUGAAAUAAAAGAUUUACGGUA